GUAUGGAGUUGAACCUCCUGUACUAGUAAAACUGGAGAAGGAGAUUGAACUAGAAGAAACACUGCUGAUGACCUCUGGGCCACCAUCACCUAUUAGCACAGCAAAGUCAUGUUGUCACCAUGGGGAGCUACACGAGGCAGUUAAACAUAUAGCAGAAGACCCUCCCUGCAGUUGCUCCCAUCGAUUUUCAAUUGAGUACUUAUCAGAGGGACGUUAUAGACUGGGAGAUAAAAUACUUUUCAUACGAAUGCUACAUGGCAAGCAUGUGAUGGUACGUGUUGGUGGAGGCUGGGACACUCUUCAAGGUUUCCUGCUUAAAUAUGAUCCGUGCCGAGUGCUUCAGUUUGCAACUCUGGAACAAAAAAUCCUGGCGUUUCAGAAAGGGGUCACCAGUGACAGUGUCCCCAACUCAUCAGCUAGAAUUCAGGAGCCUCCUGCCAUGAAUCCCAUGUCAGCUGUCAAUAUGUUUCAAAAGCAGCCAUCAAAACCCCCAGCUCUAAAGGCUGUCCAUGGGGCCAGUGCCAAGAAGGUUGUGUCUACAUGUCCUCAGUCCUCUGCCCUGGCAUCACCAAAAGUGCCAGCGCACCCAUCCUCCACAGCCAAGCCAUUGUCUGUCAGGUCCAAAUUACAAGGGUGUUCAGUGACAGGCAUGCAGCUUCCUUUCAAACCAUUAGCUGGCACCUCAAAGAAACUGGAGUCCCCUGCACAAAACUCAUCAGCUUCUGCUCCUUUGCAGCCUGUAAGCAAAAGCUCUUCAUCUGCAGGAACGAGAAAAGCUCUUGUUCACUCUGAAACACUGCGCAAACGUAUUCGGUCUCCUGAUGCUCCCAAAGUGAAAUUUGCCCUGGCUCAGGGGUCCCCAGCACCAAUGCUGCACCCUGCCCUCUCAUCCUCAAAAAAUCAGCCGUCUCACUUGCCUGGGACAGCUGAAACGAUGGCUUCAAAACAGAAGCGUGUUGCUGCUAAAUGCAAACCUGUAUCAGUCACUAAAACCAAAGUGAAUUCGGUUGCUCCAAGGGCUGUUCGGCCACCUGUUACAAAUCUGCGUACUGUUGCCAAGUUUGCACAUUCUCAGCAGCUCCUUGCAAAACCUCCUUCUGAAAAUGCUAUUCAGACCUCAGGAGCUGGGUCUCAGCAUCAUCAAAAAGCUCCACAAACAGCUUCUGGCCUGGCUGGGAACCUGAAAAGUGCUUCAGUCCUAAAACAUUCAGCUUCUGUGCCUUCCCUUGCAGUUAGCAAAGCAUCAAAGUCACCACCUACGCUGGUAUCUACAAGUAAAACUGCAUCAUCAGCUGUCAGUAAGCAGCCAAAUGUCAGUAAAUCUCCUCAGGUUGGUUCUACUUCAUCCAGACCCCCUGAACGCACUCCCUUAUCUGUUGUACGGCUUCCUCAAACUUCAGCCAAAGUGGCAGUGACCACAAAGCCAGUGCAGCCUUCCACAAAAGGUCAGCCUUCAACCAAAAACUUGCAAGCAAAUAAAAGCUUGGCCCCAGCAGACAAGAAGCCUCUCCCUAAGGGAAAAUCAGCAACAGCAUGUAACAAGGGAAUGCCUGGUGUAUCAAAAGCUCCUCUUAUGAAAAGCAGACAAGAUGAUCACUAUUUUGUUAUGACAGGGAGUAAGAAACCCAGAAAGUAA